CUGCGUGACGCCACGGAAUUCCUGGGAACGAGAUCAAGAGAAGACACUACAUCUGUCCUCCCCUGCUACCUUAGCAUCACUGUGGAACUAGCCAAGGAGACAGGUUGCUUUUGUAUUUCUAACUACAAAUCCUUGGCUUCACUGUUGUGAGGGAGAGGAGAGCAGUGUAUGAGGGGGUAUAAGGGGCAGAUAGUGAUCUGUCAGUGAAUUCUGCAACUAUUCGCCUACACUCUCUAGAACAGGAAGUAAGCAUAGAUCUACGAUCUAGAGCUUGUGUUUCCAACAUGGCUUUCAUUGAGGCUGAACUGGCCGAGGUCAGGGACAAGCUAACCACUCAGGUCGAGGGAACUAGGAUAAUCCAGUGCCAUCCUGCUCUGGUCGCCGUAGAGAUCACCAAGACCAAGUACAAGCAGUUGAUAGCCCGGUUCCAGUUCCCGGAGGGCUAUCCCGACGCUCCCAUUCUGAUAGAACUGCAGAGCAAGACACUGUCUCUGAAGUUGUGUGACGGCCUGUGUAAGGUCUGCGAGGCCGAGGCUAAGAAAAUCCUGGGGAAGAAACAGGUCGCGCACACGGUUUCCUUCCUGCGCACCUUUUUGGACGAGAACCCUUUUUCGGUUUGCAGCGACGAGCUCAGCUUCAUCAAGAAGGACCUGGCGACCCCCGGGGACGAAGUUAAGACCAAGCAGAAGUCGGGAGUGAUCGUACUCAAGAUAAACCAGGGCGCUUACUUCAUGCACGUGCAGCUGACCGUCCCAAACGAAUACCCGACGAACCAAGUCGAGAUAGAGAACAAGGCCUGUAACUUCCCCGCGCUGUUCAUCAUGACGUUUAUGGGACAGGCGACCGAGAUGGCUCGACAAUGUACGGAGCCUCCACUGAGGAAAAAACCCAAAGACCCGCCCUUCGAGCCAGCUCCCUCACUAAAGAUGGUUGCGGAACACUUUUUCAAGUCCGUGAGGAGGUAUCCCCAGGAGAGCUGCCCUCUGUGUAAAGAGCGGGUGCUACCCGAGGAUCCGAAAAACGUGAUAACCGUCGACACGAACAUGAAAUACGUGGAACGCGUAUACUGCGGCCACGCCUACCACCACGGCUGCCUGAACAAGUAUUUAAAGACGCCGCCGUUCGAAGGCGGGAAGAAGUGCCCGGACUGCGGGAACCGAAUCUACCACGACAAGUGGAAGGUGACUCCGGAGCUGGCUGAGGCAAGAUGGGCGCACAAGGAGGCCAAGAGAAGGGAGCUGGACGAAGUCAUGGACUUUCUAGAAUGACUCUCAUACUUUGUUAGAGCUUAGCCUCCUGUGCAGACUUCUAGCGGGGCAGUGUUUGUUUCUACAAGUGGCUAGUUAACCUCUACCAGGCUUUGGGAAGGGGCUGGAAGAGUAUAAGUUGGCCCUGAGUUGGCCAAAAAGACAGAUGAUAUGCCAGUGCCAGUUGGUCUGCACUAAUUGUAAGAGAACAGUUUGCUACUCCCCUGGCAUGUCAUCUGUCUAUUUGGCCAACUUGUACUCUUUCCAGCCGCUUUUGGAAAGACAUUAAUGUUUUGUUAGCCUCUACCAGGCUUCAGGAAGGGGCUGGAAAGACCAAGUUGGCCAAAGAGACGGAUGAUAUGCCAGGGAAGUGGGUCUGCACUAGAACAGUUUGCCGCUCCCGAAGUGGACCAAAUCCUCUGGCAUGUCAUCUGUCUAUUUGGCCAACUUAUACUCUUUCCACACUCCUUUCCAGCCACUUCUGGAAAUUUGUUCAUGUUUUAUUAGCCUUUACCAGGCUUCGGGAAGCCUGGUAAAGUUCGGCUGGAAAGAGUAGAACUUGGCCAAAUAUUAAAUAGACAGAUAGAUAUUGCCAGGGGAGUUGGUCAACACUAAGAGAACAGUUUGAAUUUGCUGCUCCCAAGCGGACCAAAAAGGUGGCAUGCCAUCCAUCUAUAAUUUGGCCAACUUUUACUAUUUCCAUCCGCAUCCCAAAGCCUGGUAUAGGCUAAUGCUUUGUUAGAACUUAGCUGCCUGAGUGUGCAGAUAUAUAGUAUCACUACACAGUAUACUGUACACAAUACAUAGUGUUUCUAGAACAUGUAACGAGUGCUUUGGAUGCUGUCUCUUACUUAGUUGAUCGGAAUAUCGUUUUACAGCAAUUUAUCGCAUGGUGACUAAACAGCAUGCUGUUGCCACUGUCAGGUGUUUUAGGUAUGAAUAGUAUACAUGUACCUAUGUAUAGGCAUGGUGGUCUUACUAAUGAACAAAUGAUUAUGUUAUGAACGUCAAGUAAUUGAAUAUAGAUGAAUGUUUUGAGUCUGCCAAGACAGGCAAGAGCAAUUGCCCAUGUAUCUGUUGUACUUUACCUUAGUUCCUUCCACAAGCUGGUUGCAAAGGUGAUGAAUUGGUAGCAAAUUUUCUACCCCAAAAGGUUGGGGUUUUGUGUCGCUACUGCUAUUUCCUCUUGACGACUAUCUGUGUCUUUCUCUGUUCAAUAACAACAUUGUUUUGUUGUAACUUAAGUCAGUUGGACCCUGACAUUUGUUCACCAUCUAUUCAAAGCAUGGCAGAAAUAUUGACAGUUUGUGUAGAAUGCUGGGAAUACGCAAUAUGGAAAUCUCAUUAAAAACCAUGAGUUGCAUUUGGAAGAGGUCAAUAUUUGUACCAGUAGCUCUUGGCUACUGUGGAUAUGGAUGGGAAGAACAACCAAAGUCACUGCAAUAAAGAUAGACUUUGUUCUUUGCUGAU